AUGAGUCUGAGUUUUUUUCAGAGUGUUUUGAACAGAGUUGGUAUCGUCUCAUGGACUGAUGUUGAUCGGAACCGGCUUGAUGGUACAAAGAUAGGGAGGGUGGAUGUUGUAGUUUUUGUCAUCUGGGAAGUAGUCAUCUUAGCAUUCUUAGUGUUCUCAUUCGUUUCUUUGUACUUCAAGAGAUUGCAGCUCGCCUUCAUCUUGGUCACAAAGCAGGUGAGAUCGGCUAGGAAGAAGAAGCGAAGGAUGCUUCUUCCACUAUCUAUGUAA